GACACCCCGCUCUUCCUUCCCUCUCGAUGAGAAGAAUAUGCUGAGGUUCUCCGGCAACCUCUCUCACAACGACCACUUCAAACUGCUGGAGAAAGACGGCAACACCCUACUCAUUGGUGCCAGGAACAUCGUGUUCAACAUCAGCCUGUCUGACUUCACGGAGCGCCGGGAGGAGCGGCUCGAAUGGCACUCUGAGCAGCAGGACGUCCAGCUGUGUAUCAACAAGGGCCUCGACGAGGAGGCGUGCCACAACUACAUCCGAGUGCUGGCCAAGAGAGGCGACGACGAGCUGUUUGUGUGCGGCACCAACUCCUACAAACCCAAGUGCCGCAGCUACAAGAAGGAACCGGAGCUGGGCUACGUGCCUCAGGGCGGCGAGCGGGACGGUCGCGGCCUGUGCCCGUACGACCCCAAGCACAACAGCACGGUCACGUUCGUCGGCGGCGAGCUGUACGCGGGCACGGUGGCCGACUUCGCCGGCUCGGACCCUCUGCUCUACCGACAUCCGCUGCGCACCCAACAGUUCGAGCUCAAACAGCUCAACGCGCCAAGUUUCGUGGGCUCCAUGGAGCACGGCGAUCACGUGUACUUCUUCUUCCGGGAGACGGCCGUCGAGUACAUCAACUGCGGCAAGAGGGUGUACUCGCGCGUGGCGCGCGUUUGUAAGAAGGACAAGGGCGGAUCAAAGAAGCACAAGCACAGUUGGACGUCUUUCCUCAAAUCCAGGCUCAAUUGCUCCAUUCCUGGGGAAUAUCCCUUCUCAUUCGACGAAAUCCAGUCGAUAUCGGCGGUGCAGAGCGGCGUUUACGGCGGCCGGCCGGAGGAGAUCCUCUACGCCGUCUUCACCACCCCCUCUAACAGCAUCCCCGGCUCGGCCAUCUGCGCCUUCCGCAUGGCCGACAUCGUCGAGACCUUCAACGGCGCGUUCAAGCACCAGCAGGACAUGAACUCCAACUGGCUGCCCCUCCAGAAUUCUCAGGUGCCACAGCCGCGGCCCGGCCUCUGCGUCAGCGACUCGCGCCGCCUGUCCGACGUGCACCUGAACUUCAUCCAGUCGCACCCGCUGAUGGACGCCGCCGUGCCUGCGCUGCACGGCCGGCCCCUGCUGGUUAGCACCAGUCUGCGGCACCGGUUCACCAAGAUCGCCGUCGACCCGCAAGUGGCCGCCGCCGACGGCACGCUCUACGACGUGCUCUUCAUCGGAACCGACGACGGUCGCGUGCUGAAGGCGGUGAACGCGGCUUCUGGCUCGGCGUCGGUGCGCGCCGAGCCGGUGCUGGUGGAGGAGCUGGAGGUGUUCCCGAGCGGCGCGGCCAUCACCAACCUGCUGGUGUCGCGCCAGCCGGCCGGCCCGGCCCGGCUGGUGGCCGUGACGGACAGUGAGGUGCGCGCGCUGCCGCUGUACCGGUGCGGCGACAAGGCGGUGCGCUGCGCCGACUGCGUGCGCCUGCAGGACCCGUACUGCGGCUGGGAGGCGGCCGGCCAGCGCUGCGCCCCGAUCGACUCGUCCUCCUGGCCCGAGGGCAUCGCCGUGGUGCAGAACGUCAGCCACGGCGCGCACCCGCACUGCCCGCCCGACACGACCAGCGAGCGGGCGGCCGUCUCCCGGGAAACAGCCAAGUCGCAGUACUCGACGGCGGCGGCGACGGGCGGCAUGUACACGGCCGAGACGCUAGCCGUAGCCGUGGUGACCACGUGCCUCCUGGCCGCGGUGAUCGGCUUCCUGGCCGGCUGGCUCAUCUCGCGUCGCUACUCGCGCACGCGCAGCGAGGCCUACUACGAGACGCCCCACCUGGACCACAAGUCGAAGAUGAACCAGAUGGAGACGGCCCCGCCGGUGAAGCCAGACAACAGAUGUGACCAGCCGGUGUUUACCAGCGUGGAGCAGCCGUUCAUGGGGAACAACGGCAAGCCGAUCAAUACGCUGGUGAACCAAACCAAAGGCACAAAUGACCGGACGUGUGAUCUAGUGGCGGGCACUGAUACGCUCCAGAAGAGGCGCAAAAUGUACCUGUAGUGUGUACAGUGGUCGUGUCGUGCACAGCGCCCCUGGCGGCGGGCGGCGAAACUCUUUACUAGCGGAGCGGAGCGCGCCGCCCGAGGCGCUGCGGCGCCGGCCCUGACCUCGGUGACCCGUGACCAGGGCGGCGUGCUGGCCACGCGUCCGCCCCGCCAGCGGAGAUGUGGACCAGCCCUCUGCCGGACUUCCCGUGGUGGACGGUCGGCGUGUCGCUCGCGCAGCGGCUCACCGACCACACGCGGCUUCGACGAGGAACGCACGGAGCUAGGCCGCAUCAUGGGGCGACACGCGGGGUAGCUGCCAUCGCAUCCGCGCGGCGACGAGGUCACCGAACACGGAGUCCGCAAGUCGAGCGCCGCAUCUUGCGGCUCCACCAGCGUGACGGACAUCUUCUCGCUCUCCCAGCCGUGUACAUCGGUACAGCACGGACAUGGAAUGCUGGAGCGGCCGCGCCUUUCAGGCCACUGUGAUAGGGAGUGGGUGUGCAUUUCGCGAUUUGUGCUUGGGGCCGGGGUAGUGCCGGCCCGUCUGGCCUGUGGCCCUUGACGCAUGCUGCCUUAUUGCCUGGAGGCUUCCGUCCAAUGCGCAUGCGCGUCCACCAAGUGACUUGCUUUGCUCGCUCGUUUUGUUUUUCGUUGGAUGAAGUGGCCAAGAGGGUUCUCGCGACAAGUUGCCAGACACGACCGCGCUAGAAUACUCGAUGCGUCGAUUGUAUGACGUCCAGUCCGGCAACAGUACAGCCCACCUUGUGCGCCAGCAGCAGUGGGUCCGCGCACUGCGCCAGCAGUGGGUCCGCACGCUCUGGACAGCUGCGGAGGUGCUUGCGUAGCUUCCCGCGGCGUCUCGCAUGCGAAGCGUUAAUGUGUGUCCAUACCGGCCCCCACCGACUUCCCUGCGGCCAAUCGGGCCUGCCCGCGCCGAUUCUGUCUGUUGAGCUAGAAUACUCGAUUUCCGCUUGCCACUGGCCUGCUUACUGUCACUCGGCUGCCUUGGCGCUAGGUCGCCAGGGCUUGGCCGUUCAGUGGGGCAGAAAUAGCGGCCCAAAUGCGCCGCCUGCGUGGCCAUGCCGACGGCUGCGUGCAUUGUGUGCCUCUCAGGGUAGCGUGGCUCCUGGCCGGAUGUGUUGGCUCUCGCGGUGCCAGCCAGCUCGCGCGGAGCGGGCACAAGUCUUCUGCUCAUGGGUCGGUUGGACCCGGCGACCCCUGAGGCCAGUGUGGGGUUGGUAGUUUGGACGUAGUCUGCGCGUUCGAUCGGUGUGGAUAUUCGAAUGUGCUAUUUCAUAUAGAAGUUUAUUGCGUUUGCGUAUGUAACGGUACAUUUGCCUGCCUGGUGUGGUGUAUUGUAUUAUGGCUGUGAUAAUUUCAAGCAGGGUGAUGCGCAAUACAAAUGUAUCGUGUAUGUGAACCUUGUAUGUGUAUGUGUAAGGAGCCCGGUACAAAUUUUCAUUUUACGGAUGCUGUGCCUUCGCACGUGACAGGAGGCUUCUGGCUCUUCCUCUGCCUGCUUGACCUGACUUACGGAUUGCUGCCGAAGUGCGGCUCAGAAACUUUCCGAUUCGGCACCUU